GGCGGAAAGCAUGAGGAUCGCAAUCGUUUGCCUGCUAGCUCUGACCGCUUCACCGCUUAUCAGGUGCCAAAAUCAUAGAGUUGUGAAGGGUCCAGAUGCAGUGACAGCUCCUCUUGGUAGCAACGCAACCUUCAAGUGUGUGGUGGAGAAUGCAGAGCUAAGGUGGACCAUUGAUGACCUCCCCAUCUCACUGGAUGCUGAGGAGCUGUGGGAGCAAGCAGCUCUUCCUGUCAAUGGAUUCUUCAGAGGAGAAUUUUGGAGCAACUCUACCAUUACUGCAGCCACUCUCCUUGUCUCUGCCUCAGUUCAAAACAAUGGGACUGUCUUUGGUUGUGCUGCCUUCGGUGGAUUUGGUUAUCCACAGGACUUCAGUCCCAACGUCUCCCUCACUGUGUUUGGUCUCCCUCUGGCUCCAGGAGAAGUGGAGGUGGUGGGAGAGAGGGUCCACCAGCUGAGAGUGACCUGGACUCCUCCCUUCUCUCUACCAGGAGAACUCAUCUCCUACUCUCUUCUGGUCACUGACGAGGCCACGGGAUUCACCUCCUCACUGGGACCUCUGAAUGACACCAACUUCACCCACCAGAUCUCAGAGAGACAGGCACUAGACUGCCACCUCUACUCCUUCUCUGCCUUCUCUCUCAAUGAUGUCGGUCUCUCUCUCAACUCCUCCUCCUCUACUCCUGCCUUACAUCCCUCUGUUCCAGGAAGAAUGACAAUCGCAGAAGCUGCAGUCUUGUUUACAGAUAGUCUCACAAUCCAACUUCAGCUACAGAUCCCACAGAUCUGUUCUCCAGUCUGUCUUACUCUGGUACUGGAGAGUGAGAACUCAGUCCCAGUGAGAUGUUCAGUUGAUGACAGCAGUGGACUCUCCGUCACUGUUACUGCCGCAGAGUGUGGAGUGAAAGAGAAUGAGAAAUACUCUGUGACUGUGCUAGCAGAAAAUGAAUUCAAUUUGUCCAGUUACUCUGAGCCUGUCACUGUCUACACCACUGAUGUCCAGUGGGCCAGUGCUCAAGAACUUGUCGAUGGUUCUGUGCUACUGAAGUGUGGCUUUGCUGAGGGUUCCACCGCCAGAGGCUGUCAGCUGACUCUCCACCUCAGUCGGUCAGGGAAGGUUAAGAUUGUUGUCCAACUACAGAGGAGGAACGGUUCACAUGUGAUCGCGGAGGUGUACGAAGGAACCGUUGAGUGGGGGGUAGAGCCUUACUUAUUAGCUGCUGAUAUCGAGGAGGAUGGAGGUACAGGUGGUACAGAGGUGGAGGGAAAUGUUCAUCUCAUCAGGAGUGACACAGGAGUUUCGACAACCUCUGCUUUAUCUGCUAACUCCAACAGUGAAAGCAGCUCCACCAAAUAAUUCCAAAGGUGUUGCUGUUGUGGUGAUAGUGAUGGCAAUAGUUGCACCAACUGCUCUUGCUCUAGUCCUAACAACUGUGUCCAUCAUCAUCUUCAUCAGAAUACGCAGCCGCAAGACAAGAGGUAUACUGAGCCAGCCACCGACAAGUCACAUCUACGAAGAUGUUGAUUUGGUGACCAGCAAUCCCUACCUCACCCACAAAUUGGACACAACAGCAGACCCCACCCCCUCAUCGGAUGUGGGCACGGGUAAACCUUCUGGCACCUACACCUUCACCACCCCAGCUGCCAUGGGGUCAGAGUUCGAUGCCUACGAAGUCAUGAAACCCUCGGACUCAGUCAAAAAUUCUCUCCUCACUACAACAGAAAAUGUCUGCUACAGCACCACACAUCACAUGUAGCUACUAAAUAGUAAUGUCGGUAAAAGUUUGAAAGAGCCAUGUAUCAUUGAUUGUAUAUAAUUAUGAUGACUGAGAGUA